AUGCCUCCCGCGCAGCUUCAUGCGGGAGCGCCCCGGGUGGUCGCUCCGGCGCCUGCGGUCCCUCUUCAGUCGCCACCGCCUUCGGAGCUGAUGGACGUCGACCCCUCAGCCGGGCCGCCUUCCCAAGCGGUGGCUGUGCAGCCUGUACUGCAGCCGCUUUCCUUGGGCACCCCCAAGGAGUCUGACACUGCAGCGCCUUAUCCGGCGCCCACUCAGCAGCCGUCGCCGCAGCGUCAGGAGACGCUGCCUCUCUUCGUGGGUCCCGACGCCCCGUCGCGUCCAGUACCAGAAGCUGCGCCCGUGGUCACAGGCGUGCACCCUGACCUCGGUUUUCAGUCGGUGUUUCCCGAGGCCCCGCGCAGCCAAUGCUGGGAUUACAAACAGUACUGCCUCUGGUUGUCCUUACCGGUGGUCGACGGGGUGAUGGACUGCGCAGCUACGGCGCGUCCGUUCUGUAUUCAGCAGGGCGGCCACUGUGAGAGCGGAGGCGAGGCGAACGUGUUUGGCGCGUGGCCUAACUGCCGGGGGCGCUGCCAGCGCGCUGCACGCCUGCCCGCUAGCUGGCGGACUGUCUGUCGCGCCGCCACCAGCCCCCGUGUUGCCUCCCCUUUUCCUCACCCUCCCAACCCACCCCCUUCAAGCACCACUGUCUGUGCAUCACGAAACCGGUAG